AUGACUGUUAACGAGGGUGCAUCAUCUUCUUCUUCCUCUCCGCCUCAUCCAUCAUCACCAUCUCGCCUUCCAUCAAUUCUAGAAUGCCCAGAAACCAAUCCACAAGAUGAUGAUUUCGAAGAGUCCGAAUUUGGAGAACUGAGUUCUGCAGAGUUCACCAGUGCCAGUUACAUUUCGUUCGGAGAGCCAACCUUCUCAAGCAGCAUCUUUGUUAAUCUACCUAAUGACAUUGACCCAGCGGUGAUGGCCACUUCUCAAAACUUCAACACAUUCAACUAUCCGGUAUUCAAAAAGUACGGAUAUUACAUCAACGGCGUGUAUUACACAAUGGUGAAGAAAGGAUCAACGCGUGACCGUCCAAAAUGUUUGUACCGUCGUGGAACUCCACGUUUGGCAACGAUUAAAGAAGAACCGGAGCAUGGUGACGACGACGAUGAAGUUCAUAAGGAUUUAAGCGGCAAAAAAGAGGACGACUCGAACAACAAUUUUUGA